AUGAAAAACAGUACUCUCAAUAACAGCAAUUUUGCACCAAACAGUAAGUACAAUAUAUACAGUUACGGGAAAGGCAAAAAUGCAUUUUACUCCUUAGAGAGAAUUAAUUACAGUAGUGGAGAUAAACCGAGUGGAGAGGAAAAUAAAAGAAAGCUUAAUAGAAUACCAGAAAUUAUAAAUAUAAGAAAGCAAAAAUUUGUGAUAGGUUCAUCCAACAAAAAGUGCGACUUAGUUUUAGGGGGAAACAUUGAAGGAGAACAAUGUGAAUUGGUGUGCAAAUGUGUAGAGAAAAAUAUCAACCACUGUAGUGACAUAAACAGGCAAAUUAACAAAUACAACUUAUUUGUUAUUAACAAGUCCAAGAGAAAUUCAACCCUACUGAACAACUCAGUGGUGGACAUUGACCAAGUCAAAGAUGAAGAUAGACUUUUCCUCGGAAUCGAAAACAUGGAGAAAAGGACAAGUGCAAAAUAUAUAUACAAAAUUAAGUACAACAAAAUGGCAAACAUUUUUAACAUAAAUAAUUUGUGCACGUACAAUAAAGACAACUGUAUACACAAGACGUUAAUUACGAACGCGGAGGAUAGAAAAGCUAGCAAAAUUGUAUCAACUAAUUUUUCACUAAUCAACCAAAAUGAAGAACAGGAAUCAGACAUAUCCAUUUUGAUAUUUUUAAUUAUUAACAAAACCUCUAUACAAAACGAACCGGUGCAUUACAUGAACAAUUUGAACUCCUGCGCCAACCUUAACAGCACACCAAGGAAGAUUAAUGCAGAUGAUAAUAGCAUGGUAAGUAAAGGGUCCACGUCAGUUAACAAAAUGAUCAAAGAGGAUUCGCCAAACACCCAAUUUAAUGAAAGCAUUAAAAAGAUUAACAAAAUUUGUCAAAGCAGGAUUUCCCCUUUGUGCGUAAAGGACUCCAUUAAGAAGGAAGAAAAAGUAAAGAGCACGUUAAAAAGCGCCAACCACACCAAGGAACUUCCAGUGACACUCCUCAAUGCGUGUGUUGAGUUGUGCAAAGAGAUAAACAAAAGUGUGACGAAAGAACAUACUGGGGAAGGCAACCACGCCGUUCCGGCCGGUACCCCAGUUACCAAAUAUCCAUCGCUAACACCCCCAAAGGGGAUGACACCUCCCAAGCACAUUGCAACACCAAAGACGAUGACACCUCAAAAUGUGAAUUUCUCUCAUCCAUUUCAAAGAGAGCAGAAGAAAGGAUCACACAUGAACAAAUUGUACAACACGUUUCACGCAAGUUUUAGCACUCCUCCACACGGGGGAAGCUACACGGGUGAGACCACCAACGGGAUUAUCGAAUCCAACAGCGUAGCAAAAGACGUGAGGGCAAGAGUUAGCGUCUCUGGAGAUAGCGUCAACGGACUGCAGUGUCUGGGCUCCCGGAUUAGCAGCGCUUCCAAAAGUUUAAGCCAGCCAAACGUCUGCGAAGAGGCCCAUUUGCACAGCAACUCACAAGAUUAUACUUCGGAUAACAGCAAAUAUAAUUUGCAAAAAUGGGAAGGCAAAAAUUUUCUGCAAAGUAACACAAACAGAGAAGCGCCCUCAGAGAAGGAGGACAAAAAUGGCGAAAAGGAUUUUGCUAACCAAAACUGCACCUCGGAUGGCCGUGUCUUUUGCCCACCAUCUAUCGAUCAACACGCGCGUGUCUACUGCGAGGAUGUAGACGCGAGGAAGGCAGAACAAAUUGGGGAGGAAGUCCAUGAAGAAGAAUUGAAUGUGUCAUUGAAUAACAGCUUAUUGAUAACCCCUGGAAAAGGAACCCAAUUGGUGGACAGCAACCAGAUGACCUUCUAUGACUGCAAAGAUGAAAAGCCAGGGAAGGAAGAAGCAGCCCCUCUACCUGAGAAGGCGAAUAAGAAUACCAACAUGGUGAUAAAAACAUCCGAAUCGAGUGAGUUCAUAAAAAAAAAGGAAAAGGAAUUAUACUCUGUUUUAUAUUCCAAAAGUAGUGAAAGCAAAGCAAGUGGUGUAAAUACAGAUUUUGUUCUAUGUCUGAAAAAUGAACAGGGAGAAGAGAGGUAUCUCAAAGUGAUUGGAGAAAUUAAGGUGAAAAGAAAUGCCAUUCUGUCAGACAUAAAACAUAACAUAGAUUUAAAACUGCUUGACAAAUCUAUUGAGCUUACAACUCUUAAUAAGAUAAACUAUUUAAAAUGUGAAUCUAUUUCUAAAGGGAAGUAUUCGAUUCGUUUAAAUGCCUUUUCCGAUAAACUGGAUGAAACGAAGCUUGGUGAAUUUUCAGCCCUGCACCUGGACUAUAUUGAUAACACAAAUUUUUCUCAUUUAGACACAUUGGAGUCACUUGAAUUGAAGAAAAUGCUAUUUAUAAAGUACGACGAGUAA